AUGCAUCUCAAGGCCUCGAUUGCCGCGCUGGCGGCAGCCCAGCUUGCUGCGGCACAGGAACUGAUGCGUUUCGGCUGCUCGCAGCUGACCAUCGACCGCAUCGACCCCUUGGUCAACCCAGGCAGUCUCCCGUCGCCGCACGUGCAUCAAGUCAUCGGCGGCAACUCCUUCAACGUGUCCAUGACCCCCGAGUCGCUCGACCCCCCGAAGGCGUCGACCUGCACCAGCUGCACGUAUUCCGAAGACUUCUCCAACUACUGGACCGCCAACGUGUACUUCAAGGCCCGCAACGGGACGUACAAGCUCGUCCCGCAAUUUGCCAACUUGGGCCUCAACGUCAAGGGCGGUAUGACGGUGUACUACAUCCGCGGAUACCAACCCAGCGCCCGGGUGACUGCAUUCCCGCCGGGUUUCCGCAUGCUGGUCGGCGACCCCAACAACCGCGAGGCUAGCCGGGUCCCGUCGGGCCUCUGCUUCCGCUGCGAAGAGAACAUGCAGCAGACGCCCUUCGGCGGCGCGCCCUGCACGGGUGCCGACACCAAGGCGUUCCCCAAGUCGACGUGCGGCGGCGGCUGGCGCGUGACGGUGACCUUCCCGUCGUGCUGGGACGGCAAGAACACGGACAGCCCGGACCACAAGAGCCACGUGGCGUACCCGCAGAGCGGCAGCUUCGAGAGCGGCGGGCCCUGCCCGGCCAGCCACCCGAUCAAGAUCCCGCAGGUCAUGUACGAGGUCAUGUACGACACGCGCCAGUUCAACAACAAGGCCGAGUGGCCCGCCGACGGCUCGCAGCCCUUCUACUGGAGCCACGGCGACAACACGGGCUACGGCAUCCACGGCGACUACGUCUUUGGCUGGGAGGGCGACGCCCUCCAGAGGGCCAUGGACGGAAAGUGCGGAGGCGACCGGUGCUCCCCGCUCAAGAGGCAGAGUGACGCGGACGCCAUCGCUUGCACCAAGGGCCAGAGCGCACGCGAGGACCUCGGCACCGAUAAGUGGCUCACCAUCAUGCCCGGCCAGUCGAAUGUGCCCAUGUAG